CUCCUGCUCUACUACUAGUAGUUCUUGCCCAUCAAUGCAUUUCGGUUUCCUCCGCUCCACAAACAUGAGCAGGAUCUAGUCUACGCCCAUUGGGGAUUCAUAAUAAUGGCCUUACUCUGUAACUGUGCAAGUUACUGCAGCUUCUAACCUUUGAAUUUUUGACCCCUCCAUUUCUUUACUCCCUGCCAUGCCAUUGCCCCAUCCCAUGUAAGGCUGCCAUUAUUGUUCUCCACCCUGGAAGGGAUUGUCCAUUUUAGCCCUCAAUGUCCACUGUGCUGCUUGCAUGAAUCAGGGGCAGUUUGGUAUGCCUGCGAUGUUUUUAGGCUUGUUGUGGGAGUAGGUUUCUGCUGUCUGCUGGAUUCCUUCAACCUGAUGACUCCUUUUAGAUUGGGCCUUGAGUCCUUCCCUUGUGUGCAAUUUGGUGCACUAUGUUACCUCUGCCUGAGGCUACAGGGUGUGGGCACAUUUUUUAAUUCGGAUGUAAAGAGGAAACAAAUAUCGCCACUUCCUUUUUUUUUUCCAGCUUUCAUGAAAGAAGUUGAGUGAGUGCAGAAGGAUUUGGUGAGGAAUCUCAUCAUGCAGGCUUCAAAAACCAGGAAUGGCCCUUCAGAUGCUCUGCAGAGGACGUCUCCAGCAAGUAGGAAUGGCCCUUCAGAUGCUCUGCAGAGGACGUCUCCAGCAAGUAGGAAUGGCCCUUCAGAUGCUCCACAGAGGACGUCUCCAGCAACUCCUCGGUCGUCUCGUGUGGCGAAAACCGGAGGGAAUGAGACUGACUCUGCAGGGAUCACACCAACAAGAACACCUACUGAGAGGAGCCCAAAGGUCAUCGAGCGGCGUUCACCACGAAGCCCUAUUACUGAGAAGAAGCGCCCAAGUAGGCUAUCUGAGUUAGACUCUAAGGUUAACCAGCUCCAAGAUGAGCUGAAGAAGACCAAGGAACAGCUGAGCACAUCAGAGGCACGAAGGCGCCACGCACAGCAGGAGGCUGAUGAAGCAAAGAAGCAGCGGGAGGAUGCAUCCUCAAAGCUGGAGGAGUCGCAGCGCCAGCUUGUUGAGUUUUCAGCAGCAGAGGAAUCCCGUCUCCAGGAACUGCGCAAGAUCCAACAGGAGCAUGACCGUGCCUGGCAGUCUGAGCUCGAGGCCAUGCAGAAGCAGCAGUCAGUGGAUGCCGCUGCACUCAGCUCAGCCAUGUCUGAGAUCCAGAGGCUGAAGUUGCAGUUAGAGGCCACAGUGCAGUCUGAUUCAGCCCGUGCCAAGCAAUGUGAGGAUGCGGACUCUGAGCUUGAGGGGUUGAAGCAGGAGAUGGAGCUCCGGCUUGCUACGAUUGAAGGCCUGAAGGUCAAUGUUGUGGAGAGUGACAAGGCUGCAGCUGAUGCGAAUGCCACAGCAACCGAGACCAAGCUGCAGCUGGACACUGCAAAAGCCAACAUUUGCUCACUUGCUGCUGAGGGUGCAAGGUUGCAAGAAUACCUGAGGUCAAAGGACAUUGAGCUCAGUGAGUCUAAAGCUCGGGUAGUCUCGCUUGAGGAAGAUCUGAAGAAGGUGCAGGCUGCAGCUAAUGAAUCUCCAAACGAAGCACAUGAUUGCUAUGCCAAUGGUGGCUUUGGCAGUCCGCUGACUGAAGUUCUGAAGAGUGUGCAUGUCGGUGGUGACAUCAAUGGAAGCUGUGGAAGUUCUGACCCAGAGAUUGAACACUUGAGAAUAGCGCUUGAGGUGGCUGAGAUGAGGUACCAUGAGGAGCAAACUCGGAUGACCAUCGAGACAAAGUCAGCCUACGAGAUGUUGGAGAAUGUGAAGUCUGAGUGCACGCGCCAAAUCUGUGAUCUGGAGCUCAAGCUGAAGAGAAAGAAUGAUGAGCUCAUGGCAGCAUUGUCAGGCAAUGUGCAGGACCUUCACAGGUCUGAUGGCUUGAGCGAAAUGCAGCCAGAGCUGGAGGCCAAGCUGAUGAAGUCGAUCACAGACAUCGCCGAGCUCAAGGCAAACCUGAUGGACAAGGAGAACGCGCUGCAGAGCAUGGCGGAGGAGAAUGAGACCCUCAAGUCUGAGGCAGGCAGGAAGGAGGCUCAGGUCCAGCAGAGGUACGAGGCAGCGGUUGCAGAGCUGGAGCUGGCCAAGGCCGCGGAGCAGGACGUCCGGAUGCGGCUUGGGUAUGUGACCGAAGAGGCUGACAAGAGCAGCCGGCGCGCCGCCCGGGCCUCGGAGCAGCUGGAUGCCGCGCAGGUGGCGAGUGUGGAGGCGGAUGCGGAGCUGCGCCGGCUGCGUGUGCAGUCCGACCAGUGGCGCAAGGCCGCUGAGGCUGCCGCCGCUGCCCUCACGGGCAACGCUGGUGGUAACAACGACAACAACCAAGACGGCCGGAUGGUGGGGAGGACGGGGUCGCUGGACCCGGAGUACAACAGCUCGAUCGGCGGGAAGAUGAUGGGAUCGCCGUUCUCGGACGAGGAGUCCCCUAAGCGACGGAACAGCGGCGUGCUGCGGAGGAUGAGCGGGCUGUGGAAGAAGAGCCCCAAGUGAAGAUCCGAGUAGUAGCAACAGCAGCAAGAGACCAAAUGCAAAAUGGCCUGGCUCCAUUUCCUUCCUGUGUAACAACAUGCUCAGUUCACCUGAGGUUGCUGAUGAUGUCAUGAUGAGUAGCAGUUAAAAUCUGUAGCUGAGCUUUUCUUCUAGGGUUGUUGUUAGGCUGAUGCAUGGGUUGCAAUGGUAGUAGAAUGGAUAUAUCUGUUGUGUUAGUUGAGAGAUGAUACCUUGUGAUGUCACCAGAUUCUGGAGCAGCUGCUUUUGCUUUGUUUGGCUGCCUAUGUUGUUGCUAUGUUAAAAACAGACCUUGGAUGUUUAAUCAUUAUGCACCUUCUGUUCUGGGUUC